CCGGCGAAAGACAUUUAUUUUAACCUUAGCCGUAAUAAAAUGUUGAAGAUAAACCAGCGAUUACUACGUGGCAUUUUAUCAGAGGGAAUGGUUUUGUGCACCUCCAACGCUGAUCACACGGUAGUGGAACCGAUUGUGCUGCCAUCUAAUGCUACUCCUGGCAGUCGGCUAUAUUUUGAGGGAUUCAGUGGCACGCCCGACGAGCAACUCAAACCCAAGAAGAAGGUGUGGGAAAAGCUAUCCGCUGACUUCAAGACCAACAGCGAUGGAUUGGCCGUGUGGAAGGACAAUUUUCUGCUGACACCUGAGGGCGAGAAGCUGUCCAGCAAACUGGCCAACUGCUCUAUUAAAUAGAAUUUCGAAUGCCAGCCCUACCUGAGUUGUGUAAUACUUACAACUAAGCCGAAUGUUCACAAAAAGAAAUUGCUGCUAAUUUAUUGAUUCCCCUUGUAAGGAAACUGCAUUUUGUUAAAUAAAGAGCUCAAAAAUAAA